AUGCCGAUUUCAUAUAAACGAACUCGUAGUCAGCGGAAAAUCAAUCAUCAUCAACAACAGCAACAACGAGAAUCAGUACCACAAAAUAAUGAAAAUGAUAACUAUAUUUAUUAUCCAUAUUAUUCUAAAACAACACCUAAUAAUGGUUAUGAAUAUGUACAAGAACCCGAUCAAUAUGAAGACCGACGAGCACAAUAUAAUGCAACAUAUACAAAUAAUAAUUCAGCUUCAGUCCGUCGAACGUGA